AUGUUAACAUUAUUAUUGCUACAAGUGGUGUUUUCACAAAAAAUUUUAGAUUCACCACUUGAACAAGUUGUAUGGUGCAAAUCUGAAACCUUCAUUCUCAGUGCCAAGGGUAUGCUAUACAAAAACUAUACAUCUGAAAUGCCCAAGUUAAUAUCAAAUGUAAAUAAUGAUUAUUCAUUCUAGUUAACCAUAAGAGAAAUAUUACAAUCAGAAGCAGAUCCUUAAGUACUUUAUAUAUUAGGUGAUAUUGAUACUUCUUAUGUAACUCAGAAUUGUGGGAAAACCUAUUAAAAAUUCAAGCACGAAAAGACUUUGCAUGAUUUCAGAUUGAAUCCAUUAGAAGCCCAUAGUCUCAUGGCAUUUAAGGAGUUCAGAUGCAAUGCUACUAAUGGGAAUUUGUGUAAAGAGAAAUAUAAAAAAUAGUAUGAGAUCUUUAUUGAAUUCUAGAUUGUAUGUAAGCAAUGAUUAUGGUGCAAAUUGGAGACUAGUGUUGAACAGAACCAGGGAUGCUAUUUGGGACAAGUUGAUUGAAUUACCAGAAGUCCCAGAUUCAAGAAUAGUUGCAUCCUAUUUAAGUGAUUAAGGCCACGUAUAGGUUAGUUAUAGUGAUGAUUAUUUCAAAACUACACAGUUGUUGAGGAAUAAUUCUUAUGGGUUUUAUUAGACCAAGGAAUACCUCUUUAUUUUGAUUGAUGCUGAUCCUUUUAGCAAAGGCUAUGAUCUGGAAGUAAUUAAAUAAGGAAGUCUUACUCCAGUAGAAUUGGUAUUGCCAAUUGAAGAUCAUCAGAAAUACACCUUUACUGUUUUGGAUACUGUUAAUGGAUCUAUUUUUAUAUCGAUAUCUCAUUUGGAAGACAUGCCAAAGAUUAUGAAUAUAUAUUAAAGUGAUACAAGUGGUACUAAAUAUACAUUAUCAUUAUUAAAUAAUGUCAGAAGUUUGGAUACUGGAAAUUGUGAUUUCGAAUUCAUCAUGAGGGGAAUAUACAUUGCUAAUAUUUAUGAUAAUACUGAAUUUGAGAAAUUUAAGUUGAGAAGAUCUACAAAAAAUACAGACGGGAUUAAAAGAUUAGAAAAUUAUAAGUAAAGCAGAAUCACUUUUGAAUAAGGAGGAGAGUGGCAUGCUAUCAAAGCUCCAAAAUAUGAUUAUAAAGGAUAGCCUAUUUAAUGCAAUGGAGAUUGUUCAUUACAUCUAUUAGGAAGAAGUGAAGCACCAAGGAAUAGAAUUGUUAGUCAUUCAUACAUUACAAUUGGAACUGGAAACACUGGAAUCUAUCUAGGGAAUGAAUACAAGACUUAUUUGAGUAGGGAUGGAGGUCAUACAUGGUUUGAAAUAUUGGAUGGCAUGCACAUAUAUGAUAUAGCUGAAAAUACAGGACUUAUAGUAUUUGUGAGUGAUGAAGAAUAGGCUAGUGAAAUAUUAUACACUUGGGAUGAAGGUUUAACAUUUAAGAAGAUUAAGAUGAAUAUUACAAUGGAUAUAACUAAUGUUGUAUAUAAGAAUGGUAAGUUUAUAUUUCAUGGCAUAUCUGACAGCAAAACACUUGGAGUUGCUAAGGAAGAUGAUUUUACAUCGAGUGCAUUAAAAGGAAUAGUUGUUUCACUGGAUAUCAAUUAGAUUAUGGUUAGAGAAUGUCAAGGAUUUGAUAGUCCUGGAGAAUAGGAUUCUGACUAUGAAUUCUGGUAUCCAACUAAUUAUGCUGGAGACAAGUGUUUAUUUGGAAAAAGAGAAAAGUACAUUAGAAGAAAGUAGAGAGCAUAAUGUUAUAACAAAGAACCAAAUCUACCAGUAUAGACUGAAAGUUGUCCAUGCACAAAGGCUGAUUGGGAAUGCGAUGUUGGAUUCAAAAGAGAUGUCUAUUCUAAUUGUGUCCCUAUGAAAGAGAUCAAACCAAAACAAUGCAAAGGCACUUAUUUGAAAAGUCAGGGAUAUAGAAAAAUCUCAGGAGAUGAAUGUUAGGAUGGGUAUUAUAUUUAUAAUACAUAAUGUAGAGUUUAUUUGGGUCCAAUUGAAGUCAAUUGCCAAUAGGAAGAGUCACCUGUAACAAAAAACGAAGACGCCUCUCAAUAACAUUAGAAUGAUAAUGAAACACAAUAGCCUUAAGUAACUUCUAAAAAAGUACAAGUUACACAAAAGAAAGCAAGUGGAGGUGGAAUUAAAUUUUCAUAUCUGGCCAUUGGAGUCAUCUUACUUAUUUUGGCAUUCUUUGCAAAGAAGAGGUAUCUAGAUUCUGGCAGAACCAAAAAGAGAACUCCUGCUCAUUACUAUCCAGGCAGAUAACAAGAAAAAUAAAGUCUGUUUACAGAACUAUGAUAAUGUAC